AUGUCAAUGGACAUAACUUUCCUGGGCACGGGCUCAGCUUAUCCCUCUCCCACCAGAGGAGCAUCGGCCUUGGUGCUUCGCAGGGAAGGAGAGUGCUGGCUCUUCGACUGCGGCGAGGGGACUCAGACACAGCUCAUGAGGAGCCAUCUCAGAGCAGGCAAAAUUACCAAGAUUUUCAUAACUCAUCUUCACGGCGACCACUUCUUUGGCCUUCCUGGCUUGCUGUGUACACUUAGCCUCCAAGCUACCCCAGACCCAAACAAGCCACCAGUUGAUAUUUAUGGACCAUUAGGACUGGGAAACUUUGUGAGGAGGAGCAUGGAGCUCUCCCACUCCCAACUUCUCUUUCCCUACACUGUUCAUGAGCUGAUACCAACGCGUGACCAGUGCCCUGCAGAAGAAUUUAAGGAGUUUUCUUACUUGGACAGAGAUGAGAUGUCUUGCCAGGGAGGUCAAGGGAGAAGGCUGCACCUGGAUCCAGUGGGAGACUCCUACUUGCUGAUUGAGGAUGAGGAGCUGGUUGUGAAAGCAUUUCGCUUGUUUCACCGUAUUCCUUCCUUUGGCUUUGUGGUAGCAGAGAAGCCCCGGACCGGAAAACUCAAUGUCCAGAAACUGAAGGACCUUGGAAUUGAACCAGGACCUUUAUAUGGGAAACUGAAGAAUGGAACUCAAGUUGUUCUGGACAGUGGAGUGACAAUUUCUCCUUCUGAUGUCUUGGAAGAUCCUAUCCCUGGAAGAAAAAUCUGCAUUUUGGGGGAUUGCUCAGGAGUGGUUGGUGAUGCAGCCAUGAAGCUUUGCUGUGAGGCAGAUAUACUGAUCCAUGAAGCCACUUUGGAUGAUACACAAGAGGAAAAAGCCAGAGAGCAUGGUCAUAGCACUCCCAAAAUGGCAUCAGAGUUUGCAAAGUCAUGUAAAGUUAAGAAAUUAGUUUUAAAUCACUUCAGUCAGAGGUAUAAACCAGCUGCUCAGAGAGGUGAGGGAGAUGCAGACAUCACCCAGCUGAAGAGACAGGCUGAGUCUGUGUUAGGAGGUCAGGAGGUAACACUAGCUGAGGACUUCAUGACCAUUGACAUUCCAAUGAAAAAGUAA